UUUGGUUUUGAAAUUAUGAACAUAAAAAUUCUCAUUUUCCACACAUACUCCGACACACUCGGUUGUUGUUUUUAUAAACACACUUGUUUAAGCCAAUAGGAAAAAUUUCUGAAAAAUAUGUUUGAAAACAUUAGUUUUCUAUUUUUGUGUGCCCUGGCUUUUCUCGCCUGGGCCCUACUCUGCUUUCUGCACAUGGUCGAGAUCCAGAGGCGGAGCGCCUCCGAUUACCGAGUGGAACUGUACACAGAACACCCCGCCAUUACAUUUGCCCCACACCAGGCUCCUGAUUUGAAUUCUAUGCCCAGUGGCACCUACGACUUUGCAAUGAGUUUCGGGGUGAUUUUUGCGAUGACAUUCGGACUGUCUAAAGUGCUCCAGCUGGCGGAGGGACAUGCCAAGAGUUAUCUUAAAACUCGUGACGAGCUGCGUCCGGUCCUUGUUGCGAGACCCAUUUCUUUAAAUGAGGAACAGAAUUCACUGCCCAAAACAGUCAAUGAGAGAUGUCCAGAUCCUAAAUCCCCAGAUAUUUCACCGGUGGACGAAAAUGCGGAGCUGAAGCAGCAGCUACAGGCUCUGCAAGCCCACUGCCUUGAGAUGCGAGAGCUGCUUCAGGAGCUGCGGGUCAGCAGUAGUUUCAGCAGCCAUACCAAUAGCAAUACCAUCGCAAUAACCUACGAUGAUGAUUCAUUAGAUCCUUUAGUUUCCGAGGAAUCUGAUACCCAGGUUUGGAGAAGAAACGACUCCAUUGCAGAGUUCAUUUCCGGAUCAUCGCAACCUUUCAUUGAGGACAUGGAGCCAAGAGUUCCGAAUCCUUCCUUAAGCCAGUCUGGCCAAAAUAUCUAUAUAACGAACAGCCAGAUCCACAUCAACGGCGGCGUCUUCUGCACUGGAAAUCCCGUCAAUGUCGAUCUCUGUCGACAAGCAUCGAAAUACAAUUGUAAGCCGAGCGAAUUCCUUCAGGUUUUCGACCACUUUAUUAAAGGUCCCAAGGAGCGCCCAAUGAUAGCUGGAAUUCGCUGCAAUAGCUACCUCUUGUAAUGAAUUUGACAAAAUCCAGAAGCGUAUUAAUGUAACUGUAAACAAAAAAUAAUAAUACUCAUGCUAUAAAAUAUUA